AUGGCUCAAGUUUCUCCAAAGAAAGCAUCAGCAGAAAGAAGACGAAGGACGAGAAGUGAUUCUAAUUCAACACUUCAACUUUUUCUCAUCGGGGUCAUCUUAAUUCUCACUCAUUUACCACCGUUAUCCGCCCACCACCACCAUCACCACCACCACCACCACCGGAGUUCAGUAUCUUCUAGCCGGAAAGCUAUGUUGUUCAAAACACAACCACCAGAGCACAGUGGAGUUGUGUCAGCUCCAAUUCAAUCACCACUAGGAGCAGCUGGAGAAGAAGGCAAUGUGUAUGAUGAAGAUAAAAGAAUAAUUCAUACAGGUCCAAACCCUCUUCAUAAUUAA